CCAAAAAUCCGCACCAACACGUGACUUAAAGAGAAUAUAUCGAAACUUCAUGUUAAUUCUUCCUACCUUUCUUUAUUCGUCAUUAAUGGUUAGUGGAAAUUCAACUUAUUGGUUUACUAGAAGGGUUCCUAACUCAUGUUAUGAUUCCAAAUUUAACAUCUUUGGUCCAGAGUUGUGGAGGCAUAAGUAUUAGGUCUAUUCUAAGAGUCACUACCAGCAAACGACACACAUUCCAAUUCUCGUCCAUGAAACGAAAAUACGACGAAGAAGAAAAAAUUUACUUCGCAAAAAGGUUGCGAGGAACGAUCAUGGCUAGUACUACUAUUGCUUUGACUCCUCGAGAAAGUCAACUUCGAAAUCUGUUGCUUGAUGUUGCAAAGUACAUCAAUGAGUCCAAAGAAAUUGAGAAGGAAGUUGAAUUACGAUGGGCUGGUGGAUGGGUUCGGGACAAGCUGCUGGGAAUCGAAAGUCAUGAUAUUGACACAGCAAUUAAUGUUAUGACUGGGUAUAAUUUCAGUUUGAAAAUGAGGGAAUACCUGGAAGAUACGGAAAACCUCAAGAAGCAUGCACUGGAGGCUAAAGAUGUUAAAAAACUCUACAAAAUUGCUGCGAAUCCGGAGAAGUCUAAACAUUUGGAAACUGCCACAACCAAUAUUUUUCAAUUCGAUGUAGACUUUGUGAAUCUACGCAAGGAAACUUACACCGAAGAUAGUCGCAACCCUCAAAUGGAGCCCGGCACCGCGGAGGAAGAUGCCUUGAGACGGGAUGCUACAAUUAAUGCUUUAUUCUAUAAUCUUCAUACAGAUAUCGUUGAAGAUUUCACUGGAGGACUUGCGGAUAUGAAAGCUAAACUCAUCAAAACACCACUUGAGCCAUAUACUACUUUCAAGGAUGACCCAUUGCGAGUUUUGAGGUUAAUUAGAUUUGCUAGUCGACUGAAUUUCAAAAUUGAUUCGGAAUCGGAGAAGUGUAUGGGUAAUCCAACCAUUAUGGAAGCUCUAAAACUUAAGAUAAGUCGAGAAAGAGUAGGUGUUGAGGUUGAAAAAAUGUUAAAGGGUGAGAUGUUGAUCAAUUGUGCUUCCAAUAGUUUUAACGUUUUCUUACCAUAUUCAGGAAAUAACCCAUGGCAAUCUUUACACCUCUUCGAUCGACUUGGUCUUUACUCCACAAUCUUCACAGAUCCUACAGCAGACAAUAUCCCGGUACCAGAUAUAUCUAACUGGAGGGUCGUUUACGAUUGCUUGGAAGAAAUGAAGUCAAAUGAGACACCAGAUUCCAUUUACAAAUCGCUAGUGCGAUCAGACGAUGCCAAGUAUCUUGCCUGGAUUCUUGCCGCAUUGACGCCAUGGACAGCUGUUCCACCAGCACAAGCGUCAAAACCUGGAGGCAAGGUCCCCCAACCGUAUGGAGCUCUGGUUGCCCGGGAAGGACUAAAGGCAGAAAGCAAGUUAUGCAGUAUGGUUGCCGGUGCAUUUAAACAAUACGCCGAGAUCACGGAGCUCAAGGAUGCAAUCUUGAGAAAUGACUCAUAUAUCCACAAACGAGAUACAGUUGGGAUGAUGAUCCGGAAAUGGGAAUCUCAAGGUGGACAGUGGAAACUACAAGUUCUGUUUGCAUUACUUGUGGAGGCUCUAAAGCUAGGAAGUGCUGAAGGUAAGAUUGAUACUUACAUUUCUCUCCGUGUAGUACUAAGUCUUCUAGGAUACCAAUCAUUGUUCUCGGAAUGGCAAAAAUUCAUAGAUCAUCUAAGGGAUCUUGAUGUAAUGGAAGCUCCUGCAAUCCGCGGAAUUAUAGAUGGGAAGAUCCUCUCAAAAGCACUAGGUGUGAGACCUGGCAUGUGGAUGGGACCAGCUUUGAAUGUAUGCAUGGAGUGGCAGUUAAGGAACCCGAACUCGACAGAUGCUGAAGCGGCGAUUGAGGAAGUCAGGAAAAGGCGACAGGAGUUAAAUAUACCCCAGAAGUAGUUUGCGAAAGUUCUUGCGAAGUAUCACAUAUUACUAUAGGCGCAAUGAAAUAAGUGUUCGCAGCUGUUCCCCACUGUGUUAUGCCAUUGAAGGGGAAUAUUCCAU